CAAUGAAGCUCCAGGCCACGCCCUUUCCUCCUCUUCCCAACGCUUCAUUGAAUGAGGUCCACGCCGGCCAAUCAGAAGUUCGCACUCGGCUUGACGGGCUGCUGCGCCCUCCAAUAGAAACAGAGGAUGACCCCGCGCCCGCCACUGGGCCGCGGGCCGCGAGCCUCGGGGGCGGGGCCUCGCUCCCAGGAGGGCGGGGAAGGCCGCGGCUCUCGAUCCCGCUGCUGGAGGGAGGCGGCGGCGAAGCAGCAGAGAAAAUGGCGGCCACGGCUGCGGAGGCGGCGGCGACCGCGGCGGUGCCGGGCGACGGGGGGGCCGGUGAAGCCGAGCCCGAGAUGGAGCCUAUCCCGGGCAGUGAGGCCGGCGCGGACCCUCUCCCCGCCGUCACCGAGGCCGUGGAGUCGGCGGCGCCCGACGGCGAGGAGGCCGACGGGGGGAAGGCCGAGGAACCGCCGCCGGUGCAGCGCGCGCGGAGCCCGGCGGGGACGCGGGAGCCGGAAGCCGAGAGGACCGAGAAGCCUCUGCCGCCCCCCCCUGCGCCGGAGGCGGCGCCGGCCGAGCCCCGCGCGGAGCCGCAGCCCUGCCCGCCGGCCGCCGCCCGCCACCACCUGCCCGAGGCGGAGCCGCAGCCCUGCCCGCCGGCUGCCGGGGGCUCCGCCGAGCCGCGGCCCGGGGAGGAGCCGGCCCGGCCGGAGGAGGAGGAGCCGGAUGCCGCCGAGCCCGAGUCCCCGGAGCCCGCGGCCCGAGGGGAGGCGGGGGCUGCGCUGCUGCCCGGCUCCGAGGUGCGGGUCACCCUGGACCACAUCAUCGAGGAUGCCCUGGUGGUCUCGUUCCGGCUGGGAGAGAAGCUUUUUUCCGGGGUCCUCAUGGACCUCUCCAAAAGGUUUGGACCCCAUGGAAUCCCUGUGACCAUAUUUCCGAAAAGGGAAUACAAGGAUAAACCUGAAGCCAUGCAGCUCCAAAGUAAACCAUUCCAAGAUGAGGCACAGGUGAAGUGUGAAUCUAAUGCUGCAGUCCCUGAUGACUCUUCUCUCACGCAGCCAUCAGAACCUAGCAUAGCUAAAAGCCUAUGGACUUCUAAACCACCUCCUCUCUUUCAUGAGGGAGCGCCAUAUCCUCCCCCUUUGUUUAUCAGGGACACGUAUAACCAGUCAAUACCUCAGCCUCCGCCCCGGAAAAUUAAGCGGCCCAAGCGCAAAAUGUACAGGGAGGAACCCACUUCUAUCAUGAAUGCUAUCAAACUACGACCCCGGCAGGUCUUAUGUGACAAGUGCAAAAACAAUGUUGUUGCAGAAAAAAAGGAGAUUAAAAAAGGUGGCAAUGCAAGUGACUCUUCAAAAUAUGAGGAUAAUAAAAAACGAAGAAAUGAGAGUGUGACUACUGUGAAUAAAAAACUUAAGACUGACCAUAAAGUGGAUGGAAAAAGCCAAAAUGAAAGCCAGAAAAGGAAUGCUGUGGUCAAGGUUUCAAAUAUUGCCCACAGCAGAAGCAGAGUAGUUAAAGUUUCUGCACAAGCAAAUACUUCAAAAGCGCAGUUAAAUACAAAAAAAGUUCUCCAGAGCAAAAACAUGGAUCAUGCAAAAGCUCGAGAAGUCUUGAAAAUGGCCAAAGAAAAGGCACAAAAGAAGCAGAGUGCAACCUCCUCUUCCAAAAAUGCACAUUCAAAGGUCCAUUUCACACGGCGUCUUCAGAACACCAGCUCAGGUUCCCUCCCACCCCGAUUGCGUUUAAAGCCACAAAGGUAUCGGAACGAAGAAAAUGACUCUUCUCUCAAGACAGGACUUGAGAAAAUACGGAGUGGCAAGAUGGCAACUAAGCCCCAGUCUCGCUGCUCCUCCACCCGCUCAGCAGCUCAGAGACACUAGUCAGCUGCUGUUUUUAUGGAACCUCACUACACUGCCACGAAGAGCACCAGCUCAUCAGGACUGAAAGAAAUCUGAGACUGAAUUGUCUAAUUUUUCCUCUGAAAUCUUCACCAAGUAGUAAACUUUUUUGGAGGGGAAAGGGGGUAAAUAUGUUAAAGCUCCCCCUCGCACCCAUUAGGGCACCUGUACCUAAUGUACAUUUUCUUUAAAGUUUAAAAAAGAUGUUAGGAAAUAUUUUAUAAAACUUUUUUGCAAUAAAUGACGCAUGAAAUUAUUAGAGACUAUAUGAAAACUUACAUGCAAGGAACCACUUGAAUUAUUAGUAUGAAGAAUCACUGCAAAUAACUGGGGUUUUUUGUAAUGUGACAGUCAUGUUUGUAUGUUUUGAUAGGUGCCAGUGAUGGAGCCAAUUGCCUGGGAAGCUGACUGUAACUUUUGAACUUUUAUUUUAAUUCUUAACUUUAGCAUUGCAAUUUUCCAUUCUAUGAGGCUUAGUUAGUAUUUAGUGCAGGUGUUAGCAGAGCUGUGAUCUGUGAUCAAAAGCAUGUCGAAAACCAAUUGUAUUGUAAAAUAUGAACAGUCCUGCUAUAUGAGACCAAUAUUUCCCAUAGAGGUGAUGGAAAGGACAGUGACCACAAACUCCAUGUAUCUCUCUAUUAUGGGAAAGCUCCUUCUGUGUGAAUAUGGUUGCAUUUUGUUUAUGCUAUUGUAACACUUAGGGAACUGAGGAUUGUGGAAUAACAUUGCGAAGGGUUACAACGCAGAGAGCAGCAUUUUGCUUAUAAUAUUAUAACGAGACGGGAAUUGCGAAUGGAGAGUGAUUAAAUGGAAUGGCAUUUCUAUUUCAAUUCAUGGGUUAAUUUUUCCUUUUGACAUAAAUAUUUUUCAGAUAGUUAACUAGUAGAGCAAAGGUUUUAUUGGUGUUUCAGAUGGCUGUUGGUCUAAGUUGCAUUGACUUCUUUGAAUAGCUGUAAAUCAAAAAAAGAAACCCAGUGGGUUUUGUCCAAGUUAUUCCCCUCCCCCAAAGGUGUUUGGUAAGACUUAUUUCAGUGGAGCUUGUGAAUGCUGGACACGCUGCUGAUAUAUUGAGUUAUUAAUUAUUAAUUUAUUUGUCACUGGUUAUUUGACAUUGUGCACACUUUCUCAGGAGUAUCAUCCCUUACAAAGUUCUUAGAAUUUAUAGUUCUUAGGAUUUAUUCUAUAACCCAGCAAAAUAAAUAUUUGUUUUGAAGAAAUGAAAAUGUGCACAUAAUCUACUAAAAGUCAAAUUCUUGUUUCUGUAGAAGUGAAAAGAAUUGUAGUGAGCUCUUUUCCUCCUUACUAAUAUCCUGAUUCAGUUGGAGUGAAAACAGAGACUCUUUGUCUAGGUUAUUUAAAAACAGAGAUACCUUUCUGAGAAGCGUCUGUAUCAGCAGAAAGGCCAUUUCACAGCCUUCGUGUAUGAAGCCUGAAUUAAUCACAUCAAAUUUGAAGUUAGGACAACUCUAUUGUUGGGCUCUGAUAUUGGCACCAGGUUUAUACUUGUUAAACAAGAAGACAGGGGGAAGUGAGAGGCUGGGACAGGCAUCCAAAUCCAGGGUAGGUGUAUCAAUGAUACAUACGUUGAGGCAGUUCAUGCUUCAUGUUGGUUCAGUUUCUGUUUUUCAGAGGUAAAUUCUUUAUUUUUAAAGCCAGAAAUUAAAUACUUUCUGCCCGCUUCUUAGAAAAUAGCUGUAUAAUGCUGUACAGUAGGUUCAAAUUGUAUCAUUUUUUAUAAUAAACUACUUUUUUUUUUAAAUUUGAUAUUAAUGUUUCUUCUACAGAGCUUUUCCUUUUCACCAGUUGAAGAGGAUCAGCAGUUGGGUCCUGUUUGUGGCCUGAGAUUUAACUACAACUUAGAAAAAUUAAGACAAAUUAAUUUGAUGAAAGGGAAAGCGAUUUGGUGUCAUGCAUGUGCUAGCCUUUCACCUCCAGAGACCAAACCCUGAUUGUAUUGACAAUGAAUGAGGAUCUUGGCCUAAUAAAUUACAUAUUUAUCCAGUCACACACACACACACACAGAAGGAAACCAAACAAAAAAGAAGCCACCAAACAACACGGCACAAACCAGUUUCUGCUCAGGAAAAAGGCCCAGGACUGUAAUAGCAGGGUUAUUGCACAUUGGAGUGAAAACUGAUUGAUGUUGUAAGUAGAAGCCAGUAGUGCCUGCCUGUGUGACAUCUGACUCUUCACCGGUGCUCUUAUUUCCUCACCUUUGUGAGCACUUGUGCACAGCAGCUGAAAUAUAGAGAAUACAUUUAAGAGAGAUGCAGGUCUCUGCAUUGGAGAAUAUGGGUAUAUAAGCAAAUAGCAUAAAAAUAGACAAGGUAGCGAACUGUAUUUGCGUUUGUUUUCACAGAAAGUAUUGCAGCCAUUUUGUUUGAAACCAGAUUUUCAUUUUGAAAUGAAAUUGUCAGGGAUAUUCUAAUGAUAGAGAAUUACAGUAAUGUAUUGCUUUUCACUUUUUUGCUUUAGUUGCUUAAUAUUUAAGCUUUGCUCCGUGCUACCUUCUUGUCUGUAUAUUGAAUGGUCACUAUGCCUCUUUCAUUUUGUAGACUUGAAUGAGGAAAAUACGAUUCACCCUUUAAGGUUUGCUGAGAAGUAAAUGAUAAAGAAUGUUGUGUAACAUUUAUUCAAAUAAAGCCUUGAUUUUU